UCGGAAGACGUUUACAGACGCACAGACAAAAAAAUUAAAAACCGGAAACGCGUUUGGCUAGUAAACAAUGCGACAAAUUUCGAUAAAAACAUAAACUGUGGUUCCGGUUUGAAUAGAAACACAGUGGAUUCUGACAGUACCAUGUCUAAAGGUGACGUCAUCAGGGGUUUUGUGACGGAGAGACUCGCCGUCGCGUCCCAGGAAAUCUUAGCGGUGGUGGACAAGAUCGUAGCCGGGUACGAGGAGGAGGCUUCGGGCUUCAGACAGGAGAUCGAGCGGCAGAGGAGGCAGUUGGAGGAGCUGCUGCAGCCGGAGGUCCGACCCAAAGCAGGUGUGAAGCGGAGCAGGAGCAUCUUCCCUGAUGAGGAGGGGCAGGACGAAGGUGCAGAUGAAGAGUCCCCUGAGCAUCCAGAGAACCUGGAAGACCCGACGAAUCAAACCCCAGCAAGGUGUUUUACCUCUAGAGGGCAGUAUAGGAAGAAUAAGAAGAAGCCUGGCAGACCUCAGAUCAGUGAGGCGGAGAGCCAUGUAGAGCUCAGGAUCCGCAUCCUGGAGGACCAUCAGACUGAUGUCCUCACAAACAGCGUUCUUAAGAAAUGCCCUCUGCUGAAGCUGACGUGUCCUCGAGGCCUGCAGGAGGCAGAUUUUAUUGACCUGCUGAAGUCCACCUUCCCUCAGCUGUCAGGAGGCGACAAAUGUUUUGACAUGUUAACAUCCGACAAGAGACGCAGACUUCAGCCUCUGAAACUACAGAUGGUGACACCAGACGAGAUCAGCAGGAACAUCAGCUGCUCCGGAUGGAGGAAGUCGACGCUCUUUAUCAGACUGAAGACACAAAAAGAACUUCAGACCAGCGAGGAAGAUUUUCAUCCGACAGAAGUCAACAACACUGAAGACUCUCAGUCCACGUCUGUCAUGUUGACAUGUGAUGAAACAAGACCUCAAACCAGCAACCCUGUUCAGGAGGUCGAAGGAAGAACGGAAGGGAGUCGAGUGUCCAGCAGCUCAACGUCACAACAACAAGACAUACAGGGUGGCGAGGAUGUGGACCAUCAAAUAUCAGAACCAGCUGAGGACUUUGUGGACUGCACUGCAGCUGAGAGUAAAACUGACGGUAUUGAAAAGGAAGAAGAAAGAGGAGAGUCGAGUGGCAGCGAUGAUGAUCGGAAACAAGACAAGAACAACAAGGAACUGAGGUCGAAGGCAAAAAAGAAACAAAAAGUCAGACGUCUGGGUUUAAAGGCGACUCGGACAAAGACUGAGAACGCUGAUGUUUUUCUUUCCUGUAAAGUCUGCGGCACUCUGCACAAAUCAGAAGUCACGCUUGUCAAACACGCCUGGAGUCACGUUGAUGAUCCAGGAAGUCUUUGUGGCGUUUGUGGAGAACAUGAGUCUGAGGAGACGCUGAAGGAUCAUCUUCAAAGUCGACAUAAAACUGAAGACUGUCACAUCUGCGGAGAGUCUUUCUUGAGUACUGCCGGCCUCAGUGAGCACGUGGCUGCACACUCAGGGGAGAGACCGUUCGAAUGUGAUGUUUGCUGUGAAGCAUUUGCAUUGAAGGCGUCUCUGGACAACCACCAGAAACUCCACAAGGCUGGUAAGCUGCACAGAUGUUUCACCUGUCACAAAGUGUUUGAACUGAAGGAGCAGUUAAAAGCUCACUGUCGGACUCACAGCAACAAAAAGACGCGCCUCUGUGGCGUUUGUGGUAAAUCUCUCAGCGAUUACAGAUCUUUAUCCCGCCACAAGAUGACGCACUCUGAGGAAAGACCUCACAUCUGUCAGGUGUGCGGGAGGCGUUUCAAACUUCCUGGGACUCUGAAGCAACACAAGAAGAUUCACACAGACAGAGAGAGAUCGUACCUCUGCGAUGUCUGCUGCAAAAUGUUCCUCACGAGCAAGGAGCUGCAGAUCCACAUGAGGCGGCACACCAACGAGAAGCCGUACCACUGCGGUGAAUGCGGCAAGGGAUUCAGCACCAAAGGUCCUUUGACGAUUCACAUGAGGGUCCACACGGGAGAGACACCGUACCGCUGCCCGGACUGUGGCUGGUCCUUCAAACGCAAGGUUAACCUGGACAACCACCUGACGGUCCACUCGGGCCAGAAGCCGUUUGUCUGUGGGAUUUGUGGGAAAGCUUGCGCUCGUAAAACGUACCUGACCGUCCACAUGAGGACCCACAACGGGGAGAGACCGUACAAGUGUACCCUCUGUGAUAAAGCCUUCACUCAGGGUCACUGUCUGAAAACACACAUGAAGAGCCACCUGGUGGCAGAGGCUGCGACGUGACGCGAACACUCGACCCGUUUCAAAUAUCUUAAUAGAACUGAAAAUCGUGUUUCUUUAAUUUAAAGUUAUGUAAAUGUCAUGUUAGUGCCCACAUGUGCGAUGGCUUAAAAUAAGAGUGUACAGAGUUUAAUGCUAAUGUCAACAUGCUCAUAAUAGACAUGUGAAAUAAAAUGCUGUUAUUUAAAGUA